GACAAGGCAUCGAGUGUGUGUUUUCCUGCCAUUCAUACUGUUUUGAAUUUUUCUGGACGUAUAUUCGCUUACUGGUCACAUUUUAUGUAAUCAUAUACAGCAAAGGGCGAAUGAACCAUAAUCUUGGGCGUCCAAACAACAAUGGAGACCGCUACAGAUACUGACCCGGACCCCAUAAAGCUGAAGUCGAUCAAGAACAACAGAACGUUCACAGUACCGCAAAAACACAGGGUAAGCAACAUGCAGUAGCUACUAGUUAGCUAGCUAGUGGGCAUUUGAUUGUUACGUGGGCAACGUACGCUUUAACAAAUUACCGGCACCCUAAUAGACAGCAAGGAUACAUCAAAUGACGCCACUUCAUUUAGUCGGAAUGUAUUUAAGACAAUCUUAUUAGCUGGACACAAAUACGUUGAUACGAUUGCAAGUCGGGUGCCUUGUCUGUUUAAUUUGGAACGUCACUCUCACACACACUGCCACGCAAUGACGCUACCAGCCAAAAAGCUUUGUUUUGAUGUCCCUUCACACCGUCAAUGGAAUGUCCUGACCUUAGAACUCAGUGACCCAGACAAAGCUGCCUGUGAGAUCCCUCUAAAUCCCAGCCAGGUUCAUUUUGGCUGUAUCAAACGGCAUUGUGUGCUGAGAAAGUGAUCUGGGGCAAUUCCAAAGUAACAGUGACGCUGAAACUCAAUUUUUCACUUUAAAAUGUAUGCCAAGCUAAUACCAUUGAUCAUAAAGUUUAAGAAACUAUACACCAAUAUGCAGAAGUGAACAUUUUACUCAAAUACAUUUACUUGUAACAGAAUGACAGUAAAAUAUCCCUCAGUUGUUUAUGUGACCACGUUUUCCAAAAACUGUUAAAUAUCUCAUUCGAAUUAAGAUUCAAAGAUGUCUGCAGAAAGAAUGGAGUGUCAGCUAUGAUAUGACACCUUGAGUUUGAAAAAAAAUCUAUUUUGAUUAUUGAACUACAGUAACUGAAGUGGCUCACCACCAUUAACAUAAUGAUGGUAACAGAGUGACAUCAUGGGUCCUAGAUCUGUACUAUACAUAAAUGCAUAAUUAUGAAUGUCAUUCUCUUCAAGGUGAUGUAUCCUGAAUAGGUACACAAAGGUAGAAAAAUGUAAUAUCCUCCUUUGCAUGUUUGGGUAUUAUUCUACACACUGGCUAUUAUUCGAAUGAGCUCCGCCCCCAAACAAGACCAAAUUUAGUUGGUCCAGACCAGACCAAAUCUGUACCAAUCAUAGAAGUCUAUGUUUCACAAAUUUGGACAUCACAGUAAAGCGCAGUAGAGUACAGCACAGCACAGCACAGUAGAGUAGAGUUCAGUACAGUAGAGCACAGUAGAGUAUAUUUAAAUAGAGUACAGUAGCAAACAGUAAAGUAAAGAAAAGUAGAGUAUAGUAGGCCUACAGUACAGCAGAGUACAGUACAGUAGAGCACAGUAGAGUACAGUAAGUAAAUACAAAUAGAGUAUAGUUCAGUAGAGUAUAUUACAUUAGUCAUGUGUGCUCUACUUUACUGUAAUGAACUCUACUCUACUGAACUGAACUAUACUCUACUCUUCUUUAUUAUACUGUACUCUACUGUGCUCUACAGUUCUUUGCUGUACUGUGCGCUACUGCAACUGUGGUUUGUGACUACUAUGAUUUCCCAUUGUGGCCAAUUCAAUUGCAGUCAUUCUGUUACUGAUAUUUCAGUUACUCUGUUACCGAUUUGGUAACAGAGUGACGCGUUGUAAUCACUUUAAUAAUUUGAAGCAAAAUUGUCCUCAGUAAAAAGACAAAUUGGUAGGUCUACCUUUACUUGUUACUUCUGUGAACUUUCAUAAUCUUCCCUCCUCAUGAGGGAUAGAAAAUAUCUUAGAUAUGUGGGUUUUUGGUAAUAGAAUGGCAAGACACUAGGCAACAUUUUUUCUACUUAAAGAACGCAAAUUGUUUCCCCAAAACUAUAUAUAAAUGUUGAUAUUAGUUGGCAUGGGCCUUUACUUCAACAUUAUUGUGUUUUGAUAUAUUUCUAAUACCUCUUAAGACUUUUUCUAGUAGAUUAACACCCCUUUUCCAUCUGUGUGACCAGAAACAUUUUUAGGAUAGAAAAUGGUUGAAAAACAUAUCUAUAUACCACUGCUAGGUGAUCUGAAAAGUAUAGUCAAUCGAUCAACAAUAUAAUAAUACUCUUAGCAAAAUGUUUUAUCUUUAAUUUACAAUCUGUAGAAACUAUGAGAAUAGAAAGGUUCUGAACUUUUGUGAAACAUCACAGCACAGUUGAAAAAUAUAUGGCAAAUAUAAAUCAAAACUGGAUGGUCUUCAGAGAUAGAUGGGAGGGGUUGAGGGUAGUUGAAGGAUGGGACUAAAAACAAACAAAGGAUAACUAAUGUAAAAUAUACUGUGUCCGUAAAAUGUAUAUAGUAUGUAUAAGCUGGAAGUAGAAGCCUAAGUGUUGUUGUCCAUUAGUUUACUCCAAUUAGGGGAGGGGUGGUAGGGUUAGGGGACAAUAAAAUAAAAAUAAAAUAAAAUAUAUAUAUAUACAGUACCAGUCAAAGCGUUGGACACACCUAGUCAUUCAAGGGUUUUUCUUUAUUUUUUUACUAUUUUCUACAUUGUAGAAUAAUAAUGAAGACAUCAAAACUAUGAAAUAACACAUAUGGAAUCAUGUAGUAACCAAAAAAGUAUUUUUUAUUUGAGAUUCUUCAAAGUAGCCACCCAUUGCCUUGAUGACAACUUUGUACACUCUUGGCAUUCUCUCAACCAGCUUCACCUGGAAUGCUUUUCCAAAUGUCUUGAAGGAGUUCCCACAUGUGCUGAGCACUUGUUGGCUGCUUUUCCUUCACUCUGCGGUCCGACUCAUCCCAAACCAUCUCAAUUGGAUUGAGGUCAGGUGAUUGUGGAGGCCAGGUCAUCUGAUGCAGCACUCCAUCACUCUCCUUGGUCAAAUAGCCCUUACACAGCCUGGAGGUGUGUUUUUGGUCAUUGUCCUGUUGAAAAACAAAUGAUAGUCCCCUAAGCGCAAACCAGAUGGGAUGGCGUAUCGCUGCAGAAUGCUGUGGUAGCCAUGCUGGUUAAGUGUGCCUUGAAUUCUAAAUAAAUCACAGACAGUGUCACUAGCAAAGCACCCCUACACCAUCACACCUCCUCCUCCAUGCUUCACAGUGGGCACCACACAUGCGGAGAUCAUCCGUUCACCUACUCUGCAUCUCACAAAGACACAGCGGUUGGAACCAAAAAUCUCAAAUUUCAGACCAAAGGACAGAUUUCCACCGGCCUAAUGUCCAUUGCUUGUGUUUCUUGGCCCAAGCAAGUCUCUUCUUCUUGUUGGUGUCCUUUAGUAGUGGUUUCUUUGCAGCCAUUCGACCAUGAAGGCCUGAUUCACGCGGUCUCCUCUGAACAGUUGAUGUUGAGAUGUGUCUGUUACUUGAACUCUGUGAAGCAUUUAUUUGGACUGCAAUCUGAGGUGCAGUUAACUCUAAUGAACUUAUCCUCUUCAGCAGAGGUAACUCUGGGUCUUCCUUUCCUGUGGCGGUCCUCAUGAGAGCCAGUUUCAUCAUAGCGCUUGAUGGUUUUUGCGACUGCACUUGAAUAAACUUUAAAAGUUCUUGAAAUUCAUGUCUUAAAGUAAUGAUGGACUGUCAUUUCUCUUUGCUUAUUUGAGCUGUUCUUGCCAUAAUAUGGACUUGGUCUUUUACCAAAUAGGGUUAUCUUCUGCAUACCACCCCUACCUUGUCAAAACACAACUGAUUGUCUCAAACGCAUUAAGUAGGAAAGAAAUUACACAAAUUAACUUUUAAGAAGGCACACCUGUUAUUUGAAAUGCAUUCCAGGUGACUACCUCAUGACACUGGUUGAGAGAAUGCCAAGAGUGUGCAAAGCUGUCAUCAAGGCAAAGGGUGGCUAUUUGAAGAAUCUCAAAUAAAAAAUAUAUUUAGAUUUGUUUAACACUUUUUUGGUUACUACAUGAUUCCAUAUGUGUUAUUUCAUAGUUUUGAUGUCUUCACUAUUAUUCUACAAUGUAGAAAAUAGUAAAAAUAAAGAAAAAACCUGGAAUGAGUAGGUGUGUCCAAACUUUUGACUGGUACUGUAUAUAUAUAUUGUAUUUAUAAAAAAUUUAAAAAAACAUAUCUAUGCCUUCAUUUCCCAAAAAUAUAAACACUUUCAUUUGACACCAAAUGUGAUAUUCUCCUAUAGACUACACAUGUUGGUGCUCAUGGGCCCUUUACAUGGAAACUACAUCUGUUGAGUUGCCAAAAUAAUAGCUUUAUAGCAAAACAUUAGAAGCUGCAUUGUCACACAUUUCCUCACAAUUUAUGUGUAAAGAACAGUUGCAGACGGCAUUAGCAAUAAUUGCAAAGGAAUUGAUCAAUUCUUGAAAAAAGUAUGUAUUUCCUCUCCUUCUGUUAGCUUGGGAACUGUAGGAGUGUGAAGGAAUUUGAGAAACUGAACCGAAUCGGCGAGGGAACAUAUGGAAUUGUGUGUAAGUUAUCCUUGAUCUGUUAUCACAGGAUUGGCUGUUCUUAGAAAGAGAUGAUAAAAUGGAGUAAUUCACGGUACUGUCCAGAGCAACACAGAUUAGGCCUACGCAUAGGCCCUAUUAUUUAAUUACCGGUAAGAAGAUUUCAUACUGUACAACUGUCUGUCUGUGUAAGUGCCUGUAAGCCUAGGUUAAAACACUGUAUCCUGUUCACAGACAGAGCCCGAGACACCAGGUCUGAUGACAUUGUAGCACUGAAGAAGGUCCGGAUGGACAAGGAAAAGGAUGGUAGGCUGACAGCUGGGGUCUCAGCCACUUGCCUUGCUUCAGUUGCUUUUAGCAAAGUAUACAAUCGUUUUGAGACAUUUCCAUCAUAUUAUUAGGUUAUCUUUGUUAUUUAUGGCCUUUUAUGUUCUGUGUUUGUUUUCCUCUGUUUGACUUGUGUUGUUCUACACACAGGGAUCCCUAUCAGUAGUCUGAGAGAGAUUACCCUGCUGCUCAAGCUCAGACACCCCAACAUAGUGGAGUUGAAGGAGGUGGUGGUGGGAAGUCACCUGGAGAGGUAGGCAGCACACACUCCUUACAGCACACACACACACUCCCUCUCAAUAUACCUUAACUUAAUUCAAUAGACAAUGAUAACAUUUUUUGAAAUGAUUAAGCCUAGGCCUACUCUUUCUUAACAGAAAAAAACAUUUGUUCACAUACUCUGAUUUAAUGCUUGUGUCACAGUUUACAAUGUUUCAUUAAGUUGUAAUUACUACAGUAACUCAACAUUGUUGUUGCAUAGUAUUUUAGUUUUGGUGUAUUCAGUAUUUACCUGUCCCAUCUUGGUUGUCUGUAUUCAGUAGCCUACUUAUCAGUAAUAGACCUGUGUGUGUCUCUGCUCAGUCUCUUCCUAGUGAUGAGUUACUGUGAGCAGGACCUGGCCAGUCUGCUGGAAAACAUGCCAACACCUUUCUCAGAGGCACAGGUACAACAGUGAAAAGUAUCAAGUAUUAAAGAAUGUCCUCUUGUCUGGUUUCUGCUACUGUAUUGAUACUACACAACAUUGAUUAUUUUAGAGAGCUGUGUGUUGAAAUGUCCCUCCUUCAGGUGAAGUGUAUUGCCCUGCAGCUGCUGAGAGGUCUGGAUUAUCUUCACCUCAACUUUAUUCUGCACAGGUCAGACACGUUCACUGUCAAACUCCAUAUCUGCAUAUCUCAGACUUGUGCUGUUAUUUAGGAUGGAAUAUACUUCAGUCUGUUUUGGGAUAUAUUUAUUUGAUUAUAAUAAUGGAUCUGAAUUCUGUAAUGAAUUUGUGGUGUGUACUCUUGAGUGCAACCUUUCAAUGCUUAGCGGUCAUUUAGUUUGCUACUUUAUUAAAUGGCAUGACUAUGUGGCAGGGAUCUGAAGGUGUCCAAUCUACUGAUGACAGACAAAGGCUGUGUAAAGAUUGGUGAGUCAUCACCAUACAACUGCUGUGCUCUUGGAUGAUGUUUGUAUGCAUGUACUCCUUUCGUUGAACAACAAUACCUGAAUGAUUUUAAAUCUGCACUGUUCUUAACAAAAUGCUUUAACUGUACUGUUUUUACUUCUGAAUAGUGAACGUUUUACCUACUGUAACAUGCAUAACAAUUAGCAAUGUGCAGAACAAUUAAUUUGACAUAGUUUAUAACCAGUUUACAACAUUAUUUAACAAUGCUGCUGUCAGUUAUUGUGUGUAAAAGCAUGCUUCUGUCAAUGGUUGAUUGUGCUAAUGGUUCCCUCUCUAUCCAGCUGACUUUGGCUUGGCACGUUGCUACGGUAUCCCCUUACAGCCUAUGACGCCCCGGGUGGUGACAUUGUGGUGAGUCAGUCCUUCAACCUCAACUUUCUCCAAAGGCACUGAUCCCUAACCCUCCCUGAGCCUCAUCAGCUCCUGUUAUUUCGCUCUCUCUCUCUCGCUCCAGGUACAGAGCCCCAGAGCUCCUCCUAGGGACCAAGACUCAGACCACAGCCUUAGACAUGUGGUAAUUUGUUUUAAGUCUCUACUUUGUCCAUACACAUAAGAUACAUAGGUCACAUAUGCUUUUAAACCUAUUUAGAAUUGUGUCACUAUCACAGAGCUCCCUCUCUUCCAAACAAGCUCUAACAUACAGAGAGAGUUGUCUAUGUCAUGUAUGUACAGUACCAGUUAAAAGUUUGGACACACCUACUCAUUCCAGGGUUUUUCUUUAUUUUUACUAUUUUCUACAUAGUAGAAUAAUAGUGAAGACAUCAAAACUAUGAAAUAACACAUAUGGAAUCAUGUAGUAACCAAAAAAGUGUUAAACAAAUUAAAAUAUAUUUUUUAUUUGAGAUUCUUCAAAUAGCCACCCUUUGCCUUGAUGACAGCUCUGCACACUUGGCAUUCUCUCAACCAGCGUCAUGAGGUAGUCACCUGGAAUGCAUUUCAAUUAACAGGUGUGCCUUCUUGAAAGUUAAUUUGUGGAAUUUCUUUCCUUACAUUUACAUUUACAUUUUAGUCAUUUAGCAGACGCUCUUAUCCAGAGCGACUUACAGGAGCAAUUAGGGUUAAGUGCCUUCUUAAUGCGUUUGAGCCUUCAGUCACCCCGCUAUCAUACAGAAGGCGAGGUCAGUACAGGUGCAUCAAAUUUGGGACCGAGAGGCUGAAAAACAGCUUCUAUCUCAAGGCCAUCAGACUGUUAAACAGCCAUCACUAGUACAGAGAGGCUGCUGCCUACAUACAGACUUGAAAAUCACUGGCCACUUUAAUAAAUGGAACACUAGUCACUUUAAUAAUGCCACUUUAAUAAUGUUUACAUAUCUUGCAUUACCCAUCUCAUAUGUAUAUACUGUAUUCUAUACUAUCUUAAUAAUGUUUACAUAUGUGGUCCUCUGUAGCUCAGCUGGUAGAGCACGGCGCUUGUAACGCCAAGGUAGUGGGUUCGAUCCCCGGGACCACCCAUACACAAAAAUGUAUGCACGCAUGACUGUAAGUCGCUUUGGAUAAAAGCGUCUGCUAAAUGGCAUAUUAUUAUUAUUAUUACAUAUCUUGUAUUACCCAUCUCAUAUGUAUAUACUGUAUUCUAUACUAUCUAUUGCAUCUUAGCAUAUGCCACUCUGAUAAUGACAUUGCUCAUCCAUAUAUUUAUAUAUUCUUAUUCCAUUCCUUUACUUAGAUUAGUGUGUAUUAGGUUUUUGUUGUGGAACUGUUAGAUAUUACUUGCUAGAUAUUGCUGCACAGUCAGAACUAGAAGCACAAGCAUUUCGCUACACUCGCAAUAACGUCUGCUAACCAUGUGUAUGUGACCAAUACAUUUGAUUUGAUUUGAGCCAAUCAGUUGUGUUGUAACAGGGUAGGGGGGUAUACAGAAGAUAGCCCUAUUUGGUAAAAUACCAAGUCCAUAUUAUGGCAAGAACAGCUCAAAUAAGCAAAGAGAAAUGACAGUCCAUCAUUACUUUAAGACAUGAAGGUCAGUCAAUACGGAAAAUCUCAAGAACUUUGAACGUUUUUUCAAGUGCAGUCGCAAAAACCAUCAGGCGCUAUGAUGAUACUGGCUCUCAUGAGGACCACGACAGAAAUGGAAGACCCAGAGUUACCUCUGCUGCAGAUGAUAUAAGUUCAUUAGAGUUACCAGCCUCAGAAAUUGCAGCCCAAAUAAAUGCUUCACAGAGUUCAAGUAACAGACACAUCUCAACAUCAACUGUUCAGAGGGGACUGUGUGAAUCAGGCCUUCAUGGUCGAAUUGCUGCAAAGAAACCGCGACUAAAACACACCAAUAAUAAGAAGAGAACUGCUUGGGUCAAGAAACACGAGCAAUGGACAUUAGACCGGUGGAAAUGUGUCCUUGCUCUGGAGUCCAAAUUUGAGAUUUUGGGUUCCAACCGCGGUGUGGGUGAACGGAUGAUCUCUGCAUGUGUAUUUCCCACCUUAAAGCAUGGAGGAGGAGGUGUUAUGGUGUGGGGGUUCUUUGCUGGUGACACUGUCUGUGAUUUAUUUAGAAUUCAAGGCACUAUUAACCAGCAUGACUACCACGGCAUUCUACAGCGAUACGCCAUCCCAUCUGGUUUGGGCUUAAUGGGACUAUCAUUUGUUUUUCAACAUGACAAUGACCCAACACACCUCCAGGCUGUGUAAGGGCUAUUUUUCCAAGAAGGAGAGUGAUGGAGUGCUGCAUCAGAUGACCUGGCCUCCACAAUCCUCCGACCUCAACCCAAUUGAGAUAGUUUGGGAUGAGUCGGACCGCAGAGUGAAGGAAAAGCAUCCAAUAAGUGCUCAGCAUAUGUGGGAACUCCUUCAAGACUAUUGGAAAAGUAUUUAAGGUGAAGCUGGUUGAGAGAAUGCCAAGAGUGUGCAAAGCUGUCAUCAAGGCAAAGGGUGGCUAUUUGAAGAUUCUCAAAUAUAAAAUAUACUUUGAUUUGUUUAACACUUUUUUGGUUACUACAUGAUUCCAUAUGUGUUAUUUCAUAGUUUUGAUGUCUUGACUAUUAUUCUACAAUGUAAAAAUAAAGAAAAACCCUUGAAUGAGUAGAUGUGUCCAAACUUUUGACUGGUAGUGUAGUUGUCCCCUUUCAGUUACGGAACUUGACUCUGUUCUAAAUAGGAUCCUCUCUGUUCUAGCAGAGAAUCUCCCCUCCCAUCCAUACAUCAACCCUCCAGAGAGUAUUUUCAUGGAAUAGUCACCAAUGUUUAUUACCAUACCAUCUGUAUAACCGUACUGGUAUCUCAUAUUUCUCCAGGGCGGUGGGCUGCAUCCUGGCCGAGCUGCUUGCGCAUAAACCUCUGCUGCCAGGGGGUUCUGAGAUCCAACAGGUGGACCUCAUAGUGCAACUGCUGGGUACCCCUAAUGAAAACAUCUGGCCGGUAAUGUCUCUCUCCUAGUGCUGAGCGAUUAACCAAAAUGUUUUUGUUUUUUACAAAUUGACCUACAUCGGUUCAAUUAUAUGAAUUCCAUUUAAUUCAGGGUUUUCUGUGAGCUCAAUGCGCACAUUGCGCUGCAGUUUCUCUAGAGAUAAAUCAGAUCAUGCCCAAACUGUGUGACGUAGUAGGGAGUUGUAGUUUCCAACAGGCCAAUGUUCUACAUAGUUUAGCACAGAAAACUUGAUAAUUAACUACAAUGACCAUAAUCCAUUGCGCGGCUACUUGUCCAGUCUGUGUUUCUUUUAUGCCUGCUACAUAAGAGACAGAAGAAUGCACAAUCAAGAAGGGAUACAUAGAGAGCAGUUGCUUCGCGAGGUAUUGCCUUAUUUACUUUGAAGAACUACUAAAAUAGUGAUUUUGUCAGACUGCAUAGGCAACAGAUCUAUAGAGAGGAGAUGAUGACUUGGAAUGAAAUAAUAAAGUCAUCAAAUAAAACAAAUGUAAUAUACACAACAACUGAAAUAUUUGAUUAAAGUAAUGUGAAUUAUUGAUGGUUAAUAAAUGAUAAGUAGUCGUGGGCAGUCACUACCAUCAUGGGACUUUUAUUAAUUGUUUUAUUCUGUGUUGUUACAGCAUUCAACACACAUAAUGCAUAGUGAAUUUAAUGUAAUAAAAAUUAAAUUGAAAAUGGUGAUAAUCUAACCAAAACCGACCUCAAAAAUCACCAAUCGCUCAGUACUACUCUCUCCUAAAGAAUCACAGAAUUUAGGAUUUUACCAUUCCAAAAGUUUAAUUUUGGAGUCACUUAAUAUUAAUACAUUUUACACUAUGCAACAACCAAUGAUAGUAGUUUCUCCUCAAAAAAGAAUAUUGUCGGUUAACGCCUGUCUGUUGUGUUUUUAAUUUUGCAGGGCUUCACUCGUCUUCCCCUAGUUGGACAGUACAGUUUGAGGAAACAACCAUACAACAAUCUGAAGAAUAAGUUCACCUGGUUGUCUGAUGCAGGGCUGCGCUUACUCAACCUACUCUUCAUGUACAAUCCUCUACGCAGGUAACUACCAAAGAACAAACCUGCACAGCAUUAUACAUACAUGAAGAGACCCGCAUACAGUUCUACACAUUCUGUCAUUCACAUAUUUACACACUCCUUCAAUAUGGUAUACACAGAAACCUUAAAUUAAGACAUGUACAGUAUACUUCCUUUCACUCCUGCAUGGCUCACAAGUGUUUCUUGUCUCUGUUAGGGCCACAGCUAAGGACUGCUUGGAGAGUUCCUACUUUAAGGAGAAACCUUUGCGUAAGUGUGGCCUCAGGGUUAUAUGACAGAAGGGAUUGGAACAGUUUUUGUGGAAUGAAAUAAGUGAUUAACGUCUGUCUUUUUCACUUUUUAGCUUGUGAGGCUGACCUGAUGCCAACCUUCCCUCAUCAUCGCAAUAAAAGGGCAGCCCCAGCUGUAGAGAGCCAAUCAAAACGCAAUAAAGUGUAACUUCAUUAACAUCCUUGAUCGCAGUUUCAAUGAAUGAAUGACAAUCUUACAGAUAUAUGGACGUUUACUACUACACAUAGAUUAUGUACCUGGUUGUAAAAAAAACGUGUUAGUUGUCAUAGAAUGCAUGUACCUAGCAGUAAUUAUCCAAAUGGAUGGGGUGCUGGUAAGCUUUCAAGUAUUCCACAGUUCAGCCUUCAGUUACUGCUUGCAAAAUCCUAUUUCUUUCACUGUGUGUCUGAUGAAUAUCCAUAAGUAUGUGAUUAACAUGCAUAAGUUCAAUUGAAUUCACCAAUGUUGCUUUGUUUUUUGAAUGGAUGUUGGUUAACCUUUGACAGUGAGGUUCAAGGAACCAAGAGGAUUUGGUUUGCUGUAUUCAUGUACAUAGACAUUUUAUCUCUUGAAAUUCCUUGAAUAUUGUAGUUUAGUUUUAAUAAACUGCUUUUUCAAAUUAA